AUGCUCAGGGCGAGCUUGACGCCCCGUGCGCUCGUUCCCGCGCGAGCCCUCGCGUCCCGUCGGGCGCGGGCUCGGCCGUCUCACUCGAGCGCCGCUGCCAGCGUCGUGUCCCGGAGCGCUGCUGACUCGAUUUUUUCGCGGAGUCGUUUCCCGCGAGAUGGCCGAGCGCGCGUCGUCGUGUCCGCGAACGCGGUGUCCGCUCCGGACGCCCCUCUGCGGCCGCCGGCGGUACCUUCACACGUCAUCCAGCUCGCUGCCGCGGUCGCCGCCCCGGCUCCUGCCGCACCCGCCAAGAUCACACUCGGGUUGAAGGUCCUCUUGGGCGGCCUCGCCACCAUCUUGCUCGCGGUCUUCACCGCGUGCAUCGCCGGCUUCCUCGUCGCGGUGCGCGAGAUGGUCCGCGCGUGCCGCGAGGCCACCAUCGCGAGCAGGUCCGUCGCCAACGCAUGCGAGAGCGUCAGCCAGGCGUGCUUGUCGCUCAGGGAGACCCUCGUCCAGGCGGACUCUGUGCUCUACAACGCCGAGGUUCUCAGCAGCGGCGGUGCGUCCAUUUCGAAGGAGAUUGGCGUCCUGCAACGGCGGCUCUCCGACCUCCCGAACACCGCGAGUCGAACGCUGAUGGAGGCCAUCACGCGGCAGUACUCCUCCCCGGAGAAUCCCGCGGACCCCAAGCAGCAGGGGGGCGCGUGGGUCGGCGGCGUCCGCGUCGAGAUCGGCGACGUCAUCAAGGGUGAACGCGUCGGCGCUCGGUGGAUCGGCGGUAAGAAAGGUUGCAACUUCGUGUUCGACCGCGCCAACCGCUUCCGUGUGGGAGAAUACUGCGCCGUCCCGAGGAACGACCAGACGUACACCUGGGGGGUCAUCGAGCUGAACGACGACGACUACAGCGUGGAGAAGAGCUCGGACGAUGACGACGCCGGCCUCAGCUGCGACUGGCCGCCGCAGGACUCGGGUGACCCCGCGCUCAGCUGCGAGUGGCCGCCGCGGGAUAUCGACGCCAUCCCGGAUACCGCGGCGACGUCGUCCUCGUUCGACGAUGGAGACGAGGACGCGGCGAAGGCUGCGGUGGGUCUCGGCGGGUGGUUCGAGCGGGGCGUCGUCGCGGUGCUCGGACCCAAGCGGGCGUACACAGCCGAGGGUUACCUGCGAGAGGUCACCGGACUGACGACCGUGGAGGAGAGGGAGUACAAGGUGGUGGUCGAGUUGGACACGAGCGUAUACAGCUUCAAGAUCAUGAACGCUGGAGACCUCGGCAAGCGCUCAGCGAGCGAAUGA